GAGUCGCAGAUUCACAGUUAGUUCUCAAACUUUGUCUCCUUCCUUGUGUUUUGUUAUCAUUUCCAUCACACAGUGUUAAUUGAUUUCUGAAUGGUCAUUUAGCUGUAUCCAGUAGCUAUAUAAGUUAUGAAAGCCAAAUAUGGGUAUUUUUACCUAGAGUUAUCGACAGGCUGGACAUAGACUUUAUAGAUACAUUAUCAAGCUGCGAUUAAAACUUGUACUUGUUUUCACAGGAUAAAAUUCUCUAUUUUCUUCCGACAAAGAAACUUUAACAUAAGAUUGUUGUGAAUAUGAAGAAUACUGUAGUAGUUAUGGUGGUACUAUCCACCUACCUAACAGCAGACGGGCAAUCAUACUAUACUAGUAAAGGUAAUACCAACAAGUGUAAUGAAUGUUGUCGGGGGAUACCAGGAGUACAAGGUAUGCCAGGUUUACAUGGACAACCAGGAACAAGAGGAAUGGAUGGUCAUAAAGGUGAAACAGGUUCCAAAGGUGACAAAGGCUCUGAAGGAAUGACAGGGGCACCAGGAAUCGCUGGUCCAGUUGGUCCGAAAGGUGAGCGAGGUCGUAAAGGAUCAAAAGGACCUCAGGGUCCCCAAGGUAAGCAAGGCUUGAAAGGUGAUCCUGGUUCUAGAGGCUAUGCAGGUACUAAAGGCGAGAAGGGAGAAAAGGGAGAUCAGGGUGCUCAACCACCUAAGAUUGCCUUCUCCGCGAGUCGCAGCACUAAACUGGGACCAGUACUUCAAGACACUGCUGUGACAUUCGAUCGAGUUCACCUGAAUCUUGGAGAGAGUUUUGACCCCUACACAUCUCAUUUUAUUUGUAAGCAUAACGGAACUUAUCUAUUUACGACACACAUCCUAGGCCAGAAUAAAAUAGACGCUUAUGCUUGGAUGAUGGUAAACAAAAACCAUAAAUUACCUUUACAUGGGGAUGGUCGUGCUGGGUAUGGUACAGGUAGUAAUACUAUUAUAUUAGAAUUAACGGUAGAUGAGCAUGUGUGGGUACAACUCAGCAAAGAUUCAGCACUUAUGAAUGAUUAUUCUUCAUUUUCUGGACACAUAUUAUUUGAUGAAUAACUCAGUUUAACUCUUUUACCCUUUCUUACCAUAUGAGAAAAUCAGCCUUCAGUUAGAUCGGGCACAUCAUGGAGAUUAACUUUGUUAGUAAUAGUGUCAAGAUUUUUGUAUGUUAUUCCCAAUCAUGAAUGAGCUAACCCUCUUGGAUUUAGGUUAUGAUAAAUUAAAGUACAAUCUGACUUAAAUACAGGGCUCUGUUUCUCGAAAUCUUAACUAAAGAUAAAAUCCAAAUUUUAGUAGAUACUUCAAUUUUGAUUGGUUAAGCACUAAAAUCAAUCUAAUAUUAUCCAAUCAAAUUACUAAAAUUUGGAUUUUAUCUUAGUUAAAAUUUCGUGAAACAGGCCCCUGAUACUUUUGAUGUCCUAAACUACAUGAAGACCUGACCAGUUGUACUGGAAGGUCGGGUCAGGUUAAAUAUGAGCAGCUUUUGACCUUAUAACGUCAGACAUUGAUUAAUCAAUCAGCGAUUAUGUUUCUAGUGGUUUACCCAAAGUUCUGUGCACCUCACAGCAAAAACUCGCUGUAACAGAUCGUUUCAUUGGCUAGUGUAGUAAAGACAAGUAAAAUGACAUUUUGAACUAUAAAAAAAUGAAACGAAAUAGGAUCUGUGUUUGAAUCAGAUUGGAUAAAGUAUUGAAUGGGGUUAUGUAUUUUGAUUCCUGAUGGGUAAGUUCUUUCUGAUCAAAUUUUUCUUACAAAGAUUUUUCCAGUCUGCAUGUUUACUAAUUUUAGCUUAAUUUGGGGUUAUUGUGUCGACAGUGUGUCACAAAUUCAGUUAUACUUGAACAUUUUUCAACAAAAACAGAUUGAAACAUAAAAUCCAUUGAAAUGAACAGAUUUAACCUAAAUCAGAGAGGUCUAGCCAUUUUAAAUCUGUAAAAUCUGUAAGAUCAAAAUCUUCAACAGACAGUAGUUAUCAUUGUCAAUACAUGUAGAUUCUAUUUAGACUUCUUAAAAUUCCUUAGACAUAAAUCUGCGUUAAGAAGCAGCUAUAUGUAUAGUAAAAUUUCAUAAUAUUUAAUAUAUAAUGGUUGUGAUAUUUAGGUGUUUGUAAUAAAUGUGUUCAGAUUGACAGUGGAUGUCAAAAAAUCUUUGAAAUAUUGUCAAUAUUUUAAUUAAUUUCAUUGUGUGUUUUUAAAGAUGCAUAUUUUAGAGCUAAAUCUGUCUAUUGUGAGUCUUUUUCCUGACUUCAAAUCUUUGAAAUAUUGUCAAUAUUUUAAUUAACUUCAUUAUGUGUUUUUAAAGAUGCAUAUUUUAGAGCUAAAUCUGCCUAUUGUGAGUCUUUUUUCUGGUUUCAAAUAUUAUAUAAAUUAUCAUUUAAACAUUUAUUAACAUGACAAGCCCAUAAUCAACAACUCUCUGGGCCACUGGAUGGCUCUGAUUUUAAGUAGAUUAGAGCGCCACUGUCAUUAAAGAGUUUUAACGAUAAAAUGGAUAAUCGAGACUUAGUCUCGAUUGUCAAGUAUCAUUGCUACAAUAAUAAAUAAUCUAUGUUACAUUUUGUUAAAACAUCAAACUCUUGUUGUAACUUCACACAGAAUAACGUAAUUUGACUGAAAUUUUCAAUAUAUUCAUUUUUCGUUAUCUAUUUUUGAACUAUUAAUAAUCAGAACGUAAUUUGACUGAAAUUUUCAAUAUAUUAAUUUUUCGUUAUCUAUUUUUCAACUAUUUAACUAAAUCUAUCUGUGUAAAGAUAUAUAUUUAAUAUAACAUGUGUAUCCAAUUGAUGUUUUGUAAUCAUAUGUAUCUAUUAUAUAUUUCUUUUUAUUUGCCCGCAUUUUAGUGUGUGUGAAUUAAGAUUUUAUACAAUCUCGGCUUCGUUUCUCUCUUUGAGGAAUCACGCCGGCCAUUGAUCAGUCUGAAUUCAGUUCCUUAGCUCCUCACACAGUGGCGUCUGGCUGGCAUCAAUUCGUCGCAUGAGUUACAUAUUAAUGAUCCUUGGAACAUUCUCUACAUCUUGACAUCAAAAGUUCAUUCGAAAACAGCUGAUUUGAUGAAUUUAUCUGGAACAAUUUUUAGCGAGCGAUUCGGCAAUAUGAGUGUAAAAUACCCAAAAAUUUCUGAAGAUACGCGAGUUUGGAUCGCCAUCUUGGAUCUUUGUGAAGCGUCAGUCAGAAGGAUACAUCAUGUGACAUUCAAAAUGGCUGAUGUAUGGCCGGAGCGUUUCCCCAGCGCAGAGAAACAAACAGUAAACUUGUCUCUGGGAGACUAGAUUGGAUUUUAUACUACCAUUUUAAUACUGAUAUGUUUAGUGUAAGUUAUGAUUAUAAACUUUCACUUUAAACAAUGAAGAUGUUAAUUAUUGUGUUUUAUCUAUAAAGGCAAUUAGCACACUACUGUGUAGAAUGUGAAACGUGAAAUGUUUAAACAAUGAAGAUGUUAAUUAAUGUGUUUUUUUCUAUAAAGGCAAUUAGCACACUGCUGUGUAGAAUGUGAAACGUGAAAUUUUUGUUAAU